AUGUCAAUUGAACAUAAUCAACUGGCUCGCCUUCAGAAUUUGAGAAGUGAAUCACGUUUCGAACCUAAUGUUGUCUAUGAUAAGCUGGAAGCGAUUAAUGGUGUAAAUCAAAGAUCAUCCACAGCUACUGCUGAGUCUUCUGUACCUAUUGCAGAACAUGAACGUCCUGCUCCUUCUCAGAAAUCGCAACCACCUUCUUCUCGCAGAAGAGUGGAAACACCCUCUCCCGAUCACGUCUCCAGUACUCGUCCUCCUCCUGUGAAUCCUUCCACAACCUCACCACCCAAUCUUUCUCCCGCCCCUGAACCUACCAAUCCUUCUUCUUCGCCACCUCGUCCUCCAAGAUCAAAGUCGGGGAUUCGUGGUCAGGGGCAAAGUGCAAAGUACGUGGUUCAUGACACUAUGCUUAAUCGCAUUGUUGAUAGAGAGCACGAGCUUUGUAAUGGAACAUUUCCAGAGUUCAGAGAGUAUAUGGAUUCACGAUUAGAAAGAAGAGAUCCUACGGGAGAAGCAAUCAUUGCUUUUUUAAACCGAGCUACAGCUGCUUUGGAACGAUACGGUGAUAGAUUAAACGAGUUGCAUAAUCGUAUGCAUCAGCAAAGACCCAAUCAAUAA